AUGCCCAAAAGAAAGUGCACAUUUAAUGAAAAGUUACAAAGUGAANAGCAUUCAGCAUUGAACAUGGUGGUAAGUCGGAUAAUACACAACAUUUAAAAUCGGAACGACAUAAUAUAGCUGCCAGAGCGUCUAAAUCUCAAAAAUUGUCAAAUUUUUUUUCUCCAAAAACACAAUUUGCUGAUAAAGAACAAAAAUUAGCUGCAGAUGAAGGAAUUUUUGAUUAUCAUACUUGUAAACACAGUCAAAGUCUCAAUUCUAUGGAUUGUACUUCUCAGUUAGUUCGUAAAUUAUAUGAGAAAAAAUUUACUUGUGGUAGAACUAAAACAAAAUCUAUCAUCACUAAUGUAUUUUUACCCUAUGCUGUUAAUAUUUUAAAAACAGAUUUACUCAAGUGCAAUUUUGUAUCAAUUAUGACUGAUGCAUCUAAUCAUAAUUCUCAAAAAAUGAUACCCAUUCUUGUUCGCUAUUUUAUAUGGAGGUGUCCGUUAAUGGAGAUUUCACUGUAUUUGAAAUAG